GUCCGAAAUAGAUAAAAAGAAAUAUACAAAAAUGUGUAGCGAUAAUUGCUGUAAAUUACAUUGUAAAAUUUCAAUAGUGUGUAGUAGAUGAAUGGUAACAUAAACACCACUAAUGUUGGACAGGAUGUUGUAGGUUCAAUUUAAGUAAGUGAGUAAACACUCACAAAAAGCCAACGCUGCACUAAACUUGUUCUGAUAAGUUUAGAGAAUUUUAUUGCAUCAUUUUAGUGGUUAAUCCAGGAGCAUAAAAUUGGAACCAUAUUGUAACAAGCUAAUUAUAAUCUUCCAAAUACUUUCUAUUAUUUAUAGAAAUUGACAGUAGGAGGAUCUCUCUCUCUCUCUAUCUCUCUCGCUCUUUCUCUAUCACUCUAUCUGUCUCUCUCUAAGCACAGACAUCCAAAAAUAAACGGGAACUUAAGGAACCGUGUGUCCUCUGUGUAGAAAAACACUUUGCUGGUUGGAAUUGCAACACCACACACACACACACACACACACACACUGGUACUCGUCUAAGCCUCUGGAUCUCUAAAGAUAAAACUUUAUCUUGGAUUAUUCAUCCGCACGGUUCUGCUUUUAUUUAUCAUCGGAUUUUUAAAGCAUGAAACAGAAGCUCUUGGACAUGUGCCGAGCACUUUGCCCCUUGUUUAGGGCAGACUCAGACCCAGACCCAGACCUGAAAGCACCAGCGAGUCCUGAUGGCCAGACAGACAGGAUGGUAAUGAAGAGGGAGAUUUCUCUCGCUAACGGUGUGUGUCUAAUCGUGGGAAACAUGAUCGGAUCAGGGAUCUUUGUGUCACCCAAGGGCGUUCUGCUGCAUAGCGCAUCUUACGGCCUGUCGCUGCUCAUCUGGGCACUCGGAGGCUUGUUCUCGGUCUUCGGUGCCCUUUGCUAUGCAGAGCUUGGCACCACUAUUGGCAAGUCAGGUGCCAGCUAUGCCUACAUUCUGGAGGCCUUUGGUGGAUUCCUGGCUUUUAUCCGCCUCUGGACUUCAAUCCUGCUGGUGGAGCCAGCGAGCCAGGCUGUCAUCUCUCUGACGUUUGCUAACUACCUGGUGGAGGCUCUGUAUCCGACGUGCCAACCUCCGUACGAUGCUGUGAGAGUUAUCGCCGCUGCCUGCAUCUGUGUGUUGAUCUUUAUAAACUGUGCCUACGUGAAGUGGGGAACUCUGGUCCAGGAUAUCUUUACCUACACCAAGAUCAUGUCCCUCAUCCUCAUCAUUGCAAUCGGCAUCCUGAAAAUAAUUCAAGGAGAGACUCAGAAUUUUCAGGACCCCUUCAAGGGCUCCUCCAUGGAGGCUGGGAGCAUUGCACUCGCUCUCUACUCAGCUCUCUUCUCAUACUCUGGCUGGGAUACACUCAACUUUGUCACAGAGGAGAUUGUGAAUCCAGAAAGGAAUCUACCUCUAGCCAUUGCCAUCUCCAUGCCGAUUGUAACCAUCAUCUACAUGCUGACAAAUGUGGCAUACUACUUGGUGCUGGACAUACCUUCCUUCAUGGCGAGUGAUGCGGUCGCAGUGACAUUUGGGAGUCAGGUUCUGGGACCCAUCAGCUGGGUCAUUCCCAUUGCUGUGGCUAUGUCUUGUUACGGAGGACUGAACGCCUCAAUCAUUGCUGCCUCAAGGUUGUUCUUUGUAGGAGCGAGAGAAGGCCACCUCCCAAACAGCCUGGCUCUGAUCCACGCUGACCGCUACACCCCUGUCCCUGCUCUUCUCUUCAAUGGUGCAAUGGGACUCAUCUUUCUGUGUGUGGAAGACGUAUUUCUGCUAAUCAAUUACUUCAGCUUCAGCUACUGGCUGUUUGUAGGAUUAUCCGUAGCUGGACUCAUCUACCUUCGCUUGUCACAGCCAGACAGACACAGACCUGUAAAGCUUACACUGCUCAUUCCCUUCAUCUACUGCUUGUGCAGCCUUUUCCUCGUCAUCGUUCCCCUUUAUAGUGACACAAUCAAUUCCCUGAUAGGAGUAGCCAUUGCACUGUCUGGUGUACCGGUAUACUAUUUCUGCAUCUACCUGCCUGAGGAGAAGCGGCCUAAAUGGUUCAGUCAGCUCAAUGCUUCCAUCACUAAAUACACCCAGAUCGUGUGCUACUGCUGUCUAACAGACCUCGAUGUGGAGCCGGAGGAGGUGGCUGAGAACAAGACUCAGUGAUCGAUGAAAGAACCGAGCACGGGACAAGUUUUCUACUUAAACUCUAGAAAACAUAUUUUGAACUUUUGAAGCGGACUUGAAUGUGGGCACCAUGCUGAACUUGGUGCCCGGUGAGGAGCUGUAAAAUUUGUAUGUAUCAUUUCUAACAUUAUCAAUGACUUUCAAUCCUGUGACAUGAAAUGAAAUAUGUUUUAUCUUCACCUUUUUUUUUUUUUUAGAUUGAAAUGAAGUUAUGGUGCAAUACUUUGAUUUCGACAUUUCUCCAAAAUAUGUGCCUAGUGCCUCCUAUUACAUGGAAUGGAAUUUAUACCUUUUAUUCUACCAACAAAUUUUGUGUGUUUUAUUCUAGAAUCCUAAAUCUCUGACCGUGUGGGUUUGUCCAUAUUAGUCAGACCCUUUAAUUAUGACUAAACUCUAACUCAUCCUGAGGAGUGCGUAGACCAGCGACCAGUCAACAGUUUUCUGACAAAAAGCAUCCAGUUUCUACUGCUCCACCAGAAGAGGAACUUCUAACCUUUAAGCAGCAGCCAGAGAACGCAAAAAGGAAAAAUGUUUCGGCACACAGUGACUCAGCAAAAGCUCUUGGGCAACACUACGAAGACAAAAAAAAAAAAAAAAAUGCAUUGUCAGAGCACUCCCAAAUGAGGGUUCUGAAAAUGCUGACCUUGAGCACGUCCUCAAAAAUCUGUUCUGCUCGUCAAAGGUUCAUUUCAGACGCAUUCUGUAGUACUUAGGAUUCUGCUUAUCUCCAUGGGCAGGCGAUGUCAAGGUCAACCAUCUAUAUCAGACUUUCAAGAAAUCUUAAUCUAAAUAAAGUUCUCAU